AUGUUUUGUAAGAGAAUUCUUAAUAUAUGUCACAAGAAUUUAUUUUCUAUUAAAAAGUAUAGUGCUAUCGCAUCUGUCCUUAAAAAACCGAAUAUUGGAGAGGUUGCCGAAAUUAAGGGAUGGGUUAAAAGCUUACGAGUCCAGAAGGAAUAUGUCUUUGCAGAUAUCAAUGAUGGGUCUUGCGCUCAAAGAUUACAAAUUCUAAUUCCAAAACAUUUAAAGACUGAAGAUUUAACUUACGGCAGUUCUGUUCACAUAACUGGAACGUUAUCCCAAAGUCCUAGAGGACAAAUUGAAUUAGUAGCCAAUAAUGUGAAGGUACUGGGUUCAUGUGUAGUUUUGGAUGGAUAUCCCUUUAAUCCUCGGACUGCUCAUCCGCCGGAAUAUGUAAGACAGUACCUGCACUUGAGGUCUCGUACAAAUUAUAUAUCUGCUGUAUUAAGGGUUCGUAAUGCUCUUACAAGACACAUACAUGAAUAUUUUGCCUCACGAAACUAUUUACAUAUACACACACCAAUUCUGACUUCCAAUGAUUGUGAGGGCGCCGGCGAAGUUUUUAAAGUACAGCCGGAAAAUGAAGAUACAAUAAAAGCUAUGAUGCAAGAGGGAAAAAAUAAAGAUACUGUCUACUUUGGAAGAAAGACAUACUUGACUGUAUCUGGUCAGCUUCACUUGGAAGCAAUCUGCCGAAGUAUGGGUAAUGUUUACACUCUUGGACCCACAUUCCGAGCGGAGAACUCAAGAUCAAGAUUGCAUUUAUCAGAAUUUUAUAUGUUAGAAGCGGAAUUAGCAUUUGCUGACAGUAUGGACACAUUACAGUAUAAUAUUGAAGAUUUACUGAAAUAUAUAUUCAUUAAAACCAGAGAAACAAAUGAAGCAGAUCUGUUUGUGAUCAGCAAAGAUAAUAAAGAACCAAGUUGGGUCAACAGAGACUUUGCUACAAUCACUUACGAUGAAGCGGGAAGUAUUUUAGACAAGAAAGGCUUGGUUGUACACGAUGAUGGAAUUAACAAAGAACAAGAAUUAGCUCUAGUGGAACAUUGUCAAGUUCCUGUGUUUAUUGUACAAUGGCCAAAGAAUUUAAAAUCAUUUUAUAUGAAGGAGUCACCCUUAGAUAAUACUAAGGUUGAUGCCUUCGAUCUGCUUGCUCCUAUCACUGGUGAGGUUGUCGGAGGAAGCCUCCGAGAAGACAAUUAUGACAAACUGAAAUCAAAGUUGCCCUCGGAUGCUUUGAAUUGGUACUUGGAGUUACGAAAAUUUGGCAACAUACCUACUGGCGGAUAUGGCUUGGGCUUAGAAAGGAUAAUGCAAAUAUUAUGCAACAUACCCAACAUAAAAGAUACUCUACCUUUCCCUAGAUGGCCACACAAUUGUGAUCUAUAG